GUUUGGAAUAGACUAACUCGCCCCAACUCUGUGACUGACUGCAGGUGAGGGAUCUUUUUUUCUCUCCAGAAAACUCAAAGGCAACUUUCUGAUGGCGUUCAUUCAAAUUUACUUCAGAAGGGAUGUGCCUGACAGAAUCUGGAAAUUAAAGGAUUUCUGCUAACUGCCUGGAGAUUUCAUCAACCAUCAUCAACGGGUCCUGCUUCUGCUCUGUUUUUUUUAUUUUUUACAUGCAUUUUUGUACACUGGAAUAUCUGCAUUUGGCGGAUUUCUAACCGCUCACAGUGGAUAUAACAUUCUGCACUCAGAAAAAGUGGUAGACACAGUAUAAACAAUGCAUUUUCUGGACAUUUUUUGUAGAUUUCUAAAUCCAGUGAUUGUUCUCCCAUGACUCUUUCUUCAUGAUGAACAUCCCACUGCUGUAAAGAAGAAAUCGAUGAUGACGAAAAGCACAAAUUUUGUCAUUAUGACAUUGCCUUUCUCAGAACACGUGAACUGGGGAGGGGUUUUUCACUCACACGUUCUUCUUUUUCUCUUAUCUUUAUUACCUUCGGUUGCGGUUAGCAGCGUGCCAGGUUUGGAAUAUGAUUGGGGAACGCAACCCAAACUUGUUUGCAUCCCUAUCCCUGCAGAUGCAGACCCUAGUUGUUUCACUCCAGGUGGGGCUGCACAUGGGACUUCACACGGGCCAAACAGCAAUGGCCAUGGGAAUGGACAUCAUGGGCCAGUUAGCGGUCUGCCGAGUGGUCACAGCGGCAGCAGUAGUAGUAGCCGACACGCCAUUUCCGAUGAGGCCAAAGCCACCAUCCUUCACCUGAGGGAGAGCCUUGUGCGACAGAAGGAGACCAUCUUGGAUCAGCGAGAGACCAUUCGGGAACUGACGGCAAAACUGACUCUCUGUGAAAGCUUUGGGAGGGGACACCACGAAGAUCAUCACGGCCCUUCACAACACAACUCCCAGCAUUCCUCACACCACUAUGACGGCCACCAUGCUGACCCACACUUCCCUUUAAACGGGCAUCGCAGUGACCAUCACAGAGGCAAAUCUCCAUAUCUGGGCAAACACAGCUUCUCCCCAGAACAGACAGGAAAAACCCUGCAGGCCCUGAAGGAGAGGCUGGAAAACCUUCAGGCAAGAAAUUCUUCCAGUUCCUAUUCAAGUUCAUUGAGAGACCUCCUGCAGCGCAAGAUCAAUGCCCUGGAAGAACAGCUCCAUCAUCACUAUGACAGUCAUUAUGGUCAUCAUGACAGCCAUCACGGAUAUGGUCAUCAUGAGGAUAACCAUGACCAUGAUGACCACCAUAAUAACCACCACAAUAACCACCAUGAGGACCAUCAUGAUAACCAUGACAGCCACCAGGCAAACCAUCAUGAGGACCAUCACCCCAGUAACCAUCGUAACCACCAUUAUAGUUAUCGCUAUGACCGUCACACCGACCACCAUGAUGAUCACCACGAUGACCACCACGGAAAUCACCAAGACAAUCAUCAAAGUGGCCAUGAUGAUCAUCAUGACAGCCAACACAACAGCAACCACCAUGAUGAUCAUCAUGAUGAUGGCCAUCACAAUGGACACCAUGGAAAUGAUGAUCAUGUUCAUCAUCCACAAACCUCAUUCAAACCGCCUGGGUCUAGAGCACCUGUCCGUGGUGCCAUCAACAAACUAGAUGCAGUGCUGAGUAACCUACACCACAAAACUCCAGAACAAGGACCCAAUAAGAAGCCCAAGAAUCCUGACGCUUUUCAGAUUGGCUUCCCGAUGCGCUCCAACUACAUGUAUGGGAGAAUCAAGCGCACCCUUCUGAGCGAGAUCUUCGCCCUCACAGUCUGUCUUUGGCUGAAAGGGGGCUCAGGUCCUGGGAUCGGGACCCCGUUCUCCUACUCUGUCCCAGGUCAGGCCAACGAGCUUGUCCUGAUUGAAUGGGGCAACAAUCCUAUGGAGCUGCUGGUGAAUGACAAGGCAGUUACUCUUCCUCUAUCUCUGACGGACAGUAAAUGGCACCACCUUUGUAUAACGUGGUCCACACGUGACGGGAUGUGGGAGGCUUAUCUGGACGGUGUGAAAAGGGGCUCUGGAGAGAAUCUGUCCCCGUGGCAUCCCAUUAAACCAGGAGGAGUCUUCAUCCUCGGACAGGAGCAGGACACUCUGGGUGGCCGUUUCGAUGCCACACAGUCUUUUGUGGGCGAGAUGUCGGAUCUGCAGCUGUGGUCGCGUGUGCUCACCUCCACCGAGAUCUACAACCAAGCGUCCUGCUCCAGCCACCUCACCGGUGACGUCAUCACCUGGAGCGAGGCCAUGGUGGAGCUUCACGGAGGUGUCACAAAGUAUCCAUUCGACCCUUGCCAUUAGGGAUCUGACCAAACCGAGCCUGAUCCUCCACACCUCUGCUUAACGUGCAGCUGGAAAGGUGGAGAAUUCUGAAUCCAGAUGGAAAGGCUGAGGAGAAGGCCACGGACUGCAGCCGCUCCUUCAAGAUAAUAGGAUUCCAAACAGGUCUACAUAGGCCUCGGGCAUUUAACUAAGCACUUUAGUAGUUCACGUGUCUAAGAUUUACAUACUACAUAUCGAUAAGCACUUAGGAUGUCAACAGCCUGGUUGAACUCCAUUCUGUGUUUCUGAUUCCCUUCCAAACACUAAUGAAAGAACUUCAGUAUGCUCAACAUGCAAAACAAUCCAGACCAAGUGGUUUCUUUUUAUAUCUCUGUGAUGUAACAGAUUUGAAAUACAACUUGUUUUUUUUGUUUUUUUUGACCCAUUUGUGUUCACUCUGGGCAGCAUGGGGGCAGCAGUGAGUUUAAAAGGCCUACUUCAUUAUAACAUUUAUGCUGCUUUUUUUAAUCCAGAACCUCAGUAGUUUAUAACCUGAGGUGCUCUUUUAGUCCUGCAAAUCAAGAAUAAGUUAUGCUGGAGAAGAAAUAAGAUGUUUUUUUGUGUAUGUAAAUUUGUAUUGCUGAAGGCCGGAAAAUGUCCAUGCAUCAUGAUUGAGCAUAUAAAAUGUGUAUGAUUGCAGUUUUGUGUUGCAUUAGAAGACUUGAAGAACGAAAAAGAUGGAGUUCUUCAUAUGUAUAAAGUACAAGAUGACAAGUGUUGUCUGUGGGAAGGUGGGCUGCUGUUAUGGGUUUAUAUACAGUACGCACAUGCCAGGAAACUAGGGGCUAAACAAAAACAGUGAGGUUCCCAUUGAAAAACUGCAUAAAGUGGGAUUAAAGAGACUCCAUUUCAUAAUACAUAAUUCACUUUUUUGUGUUUAAACACAUGCACAUGUAGCUGUUUUGUGUCAUGUGGGACUAUAAAAAAAACAUUCUUUUAACAUGCAGUUUUUAUGUUUAUUGAGUUUUUCGUGAUUAAUGCAAUUUAAUAUUAUUAAAAACCAACAUGUCACGAGGCGAUUUAGUGAAAGGUGAUAAAAGUGAUUAAAAAAAUAAUCUCAUCUCUAUAAAUGUAGAGCAGCAGGACAUUGUGUGGAUUACAUACAGUCUGCAAGUUUCCUGCUUGCUUUGAAAUGUCAUUGUUAUAAAAACCAUAUCGCAUUCCUUUAGGGGCAAAGACUCUCAGAAUUCAUAGGCUACCUCCAGCAGUUUAUUAAAAUCCUGCUUCUUAUUGUUAUGAAUUUAACCUAUAAUCUGGAAGCAUAUUUAGAUUAUGUAUUUUCACUAUUAAAACCCAUUUAUUGUUUUGUUGAACAUUUUAACUAGAUGGCCAAAUGUACACACAGAUAUAUCCUGAAUGUUUAUGUAUCUUUGUAUCUUAUGUAUCUUUCAUCUUUUUAUCGAGCAGACUCUUUACAGAUUUACCAGUUAGAUAAUCCUUAAACCUGACUGGUCAGAUUUAUGCAUGCAUGCAUUUGCUUACAUGCGUUUAAAAUGGACUGCAUUAAUCAACUUUAUAAAACCGCUUAACCUCGCCUUUGGUAUAUAUCUGUAUCCAAAUGCACUAGUUUUCUGUCAUGUAUGUUCUCUCUCUCUCUCUCUCUCUCUCUCUCUCUCUCUCUCUCUCUCCUUUCUAAUAUCAUUUAUGUAUAUAGCAGAUAUACUGUAUGUGUAUAUCCUAUUUUUACUCAUUAUUAACAAUAUGUCCUGGCAUGUCUUUAAUGCCUUUAAGCCAAAAUGUACAAGCUUAACUUGAGACAAGCAUGUAUUUAAUUAUUUUUAAAUAAAGUAAUGAUUUUUAACUAAUCAAAGUAUUCUUAAAGAUGUCUUUGAGAUGGAUUUACUACAAUGUUAGUCGAUUGCAUUUCUAGGCUUGCCAGUUUAAAACAAAUUAAUCAAAAGACAAGUAUUAUUAUUAUUAGCAUAUAAUGGUGAGACCAUGUUCAUAUGGUUACAAUAUGUUUAUUAUUGUUUUAAACGGCUCUGGUUUGAUGUGUGCAAAAGAAGGGAGAUUGGAUUAAUUUUCUUUCUUCCGCAUGCAUUAACCAUUCCAGCCAAUCAGCUUUCAGUAUCACAUUGCGUUGUCACCUGUGUUAAGAGCACAAUGUUACACUGACUAUUUCAUCAGGGAUAUAUUAUCUGUGUAGCUACAUGAACAUAUAUAAGGAAUAUAUAUAAACAAGUUUUUAUAAAUCUUGUAAAUUUCCUCUUGUACCUGCUUUUACAUUUAGUCGAAAAAAAGUGCAUACUGUGGCACAUUGUAUCUUUGGCACCACUUUGAUGUACUUCAAAUGUAGGGCAGACAUUAAACACACACACAUAUUUUCAUCAAAAUGUCAUCAAAAUCCAGUGCAUUAAACUCUACUCUAAAUGGAAA